GGCACGAGGGGCGGGAGCGGUGGCCGUCGUCCCCGUGACCGCCGCCCCCCGCGCCCCCCGCUGGCGCCGCACGGACGGUUCCGGGCCGCGCCGCCAUGCCGCGGUAUUGUGCCGCGUCCUGCUGCAAGAACCGCGGCGGGCAGAGCGCCAGGGACCAGCGCAAGCUCAGCUUCUACCCAUUUCCACUUCAUGAUAAAGAGAGACUUGAGAAAUGGUUGCGGAACAUGAAACGCGAUGCGUGGACUCCAAGUAAGCACCAGCUUCUGUGCAGUGAUCAUUUUACCCCUGAUUCCCUUGAUGUGCGAUGGGGUAUAAGAUACUUGAAACAUACAGCUGUACCAACAAUUUUCUCUUCCCCGGAUGAUGAGGAAAAAGACUCUUCUCAAAACAGCCCACAAGAGAUAAAGAGAGAAGUCCUGGAAGAAACCACUAAAAAUGUAGAGUCUAAGAAAGUACCCUUAUCACUUGAACUUUGUACACCAAAGAAAAGUUCUGUGACUGCAGAAGACCCAGGUAAAAAAGAAGUAAUUUGCUCAACUGUAUUGAGCAAAUCUUUACAAGUACAGAAACUACAACUUGAAAACAGAAAAGACUUUGAAACAGACAGUAUCAUUCUUGAUAAUUCAUCUCAGCAGCAUAUACAUCAACCUGAGCCUGUUUUAAUGGCAGCAGCAGUCCAGAAUGUGGAAGCUACUGAUGUUCAUGCAUCUGUAGAAGUUCCAGUAAAUUGUACAGCUACAGUCUUGCAAUUUUCAGACCCUGACUACUUGAAUUCAUCUGUGAAACUGAAAAAUACUCUGGGUUCAAUUACUGACUAUUCACUUGAAAAUCCAAACUCUCAUGUUGUAGGCUGUUCUGUUGAAGUGCAACCGACAACUGAAAAUGCAGUUUUGGUCAGUACAGUCACACAAACUUUUGAACAGCUCAAUGGAAGUGAGGAAUCUGUCAUUGCUAUCAUUGUACCAGCUGAGAGUCCAAAAGAGCCUGAAAUAAUAAACAGAUCUUUCUUGCCUAUUAAACAAGAAUUUCUCGACACAGAAGAAGCAGAAACAGAUAAUUCUCUGCAUAUGAAUGCAUAUAAUGGAAUUGAAAUAUUACAAACUGAGCAUUCAUACUGCAAGCAAGACAUAGACAGAGAGCAUCUCUGGCAAAAAAUUUCAAAGCUCCACUCUAAGAUAACUCUACUUGAAAUGCAGGAGGUAAAAACUUUGGGGAGACUCAGGUCCUUGGAAGCUCUUAUUGGACAAUUGAAGCAAGAAAACCUGCUUUCUGAAGAAAAGCUCAAGAUCGUAGAAAACUGCUUCACAACACUUGAAGUGACUAUGAUACAGUAAAGGUUUUGAAUGGUUGUUCUUAAGUAUCUUUUUAGCUUCUCUGACUGUCCUUUUGUACAAAUUAACUUUUGUUUCAGUCAUGAUACUUUAAGUAUUUAAUGCAAACUGUGAACAGCAAAUGUUCUUUAAAAUGUUACAUCAACCUCUGCAAAUCUUAGCUGGUAGACAGUUGCCCAUAAAACGUGACUUGAAAGUGAGUUUUAAAAGAAAAACAAAGCCUGUCUCAUUAAAGUGUAUGAGGUGAAUCAGUAAAAAUGAGUCAGGCUUUUCCAGGUGAGGCUUCGCUGAGACAUGCAAGUUUUGCAUUUGGGACAAAAGCAUUAGAAUGGAUUUUCAUAACUAUGUAGAAGGGACAAUUAUGAAGCAGUUGUUUAAAAAAAUAAAAAUUGUCCUGAUUCUCUUUCACAUGAGUAAAGAGGUAUGUAUUGUCCAGUGAAGUUACAUUACUCUUUAGUCUUUUAUCUGUCUAGUGUUCAUUGAUAGUUUUUGUAUACUUUGACUCUAUUAAAUUUUUCUUCAAUAAAUGUUGUGUCCUUUCAUUUUGUUUUGUUGGUUUUUUUUUUUCCUAAGGUAGUAUUAUUAGAAUGAACAGAUCUUUCUCCUCUUUUUGGUAUGUUGGAAUAUUCUACUCAAAUGGAAGGAAUUAUCUUAAAAUAGUGACUGUUUUAUGAUUAAAGAGGAAAGUUGUAAAUAUUCAGUGAGUGCUAUCUACUCAGCUUUGAUUGUCGUGCAACCUAAUGCAUAAAUUCAUAGAUCCUUAAUAAUACACUGAAGAAAACAGCAUUUUGCAGAGCAAAUUGCUGUAAAAGUAGCAGUGCACUAUUUUUCUGUAACUUAUUCUUUGAAAAAUUAAUUAUGAGAUUAAAAAUUUGGUCCCCUUUAUUGAUACUAUGAACUGUUUCUAGUGCACAGGACAUGAAUGCGUUGGAAAUAUACUGAUAAUCUGUUGUGAGGGAAAUGAAUUUUCGUAAAUACUUACUGCUUAUUCUGUCAGCAUGCCAACCCUUAAGACUUAGAAUUUUGAUGUGCAACAAUUAGAGUUCUUCAGGGACUUCUAGGUACUUUCCUAUAUUCAGAUGUCCUCACCCAAUACCAAUUCAGUGUAGGAUUGGAUUUAAUGUGUUCUUCUGCAGUCAAUUGGCUGCAUUCCCUGUCGGAUGCAUUCUGCAUCUGGGGAAUUUUUUUUUAAUUAAGUAAUUGAGGAUCUAGCAGCAUGAUUUACAAAACUAGUCAAAUUUCAGGAAAAAUUCCCAGUGUUAACACUAAGAACUAUUUGUGGCAUAGAUAUCUAUAAAGAUGGGGGAAAAGAAAAGAAAUUUUCCUUUUUUUAGGGAGUUUAUUGAGGAUAGAAGAAAAGUUCCGUAUUUUUAGAAGCACUCACCAAGCCUACAA